CUUGGAUUGAAGGAUUGCUUUUUUUUUUUAAGUGAACAAACAUUUCAACGACACGGCAAGAGUGCUGUUGUUUAUUCAAUUCCAAGAAGACACUUUGUAGCACUUUUAUUUUUGAUAGCGUCCUAGCAAUAAAAGUAGGCGGGGUUAGCUUUGUCCUGACGGGAAGCGUUAGUCACGCGGCCAUAAAGGGACCGGCUGGGGAAAUAGGUCAGCACGUGGGAACACGGCUCUGUGGCGAAAGAGGUCAUUGAUUGAGAAAGUGCAGAACCGCCCCCCCCCUUACUGACCCCCCCACCCCCCUGUGGAGAACAUCUUGUGUUGGAUUCAGUAAAAGCCACAAUUUCACUGCCAAUUUCAGCCUCAUUUCAACCCCCAAAGCCCCUAAAUCGUUUUUGGGAAAUGGCCAACAAUCAUUUCCAAGAUGGGGGGGUCAAGCGGCGGUGGGACGACGACAUCACGUUUUUUUUACCUCCAUCAGCAGAGAUAUAGAGGAGCUGUCAAUGAGUUGACUAUUUUUUUUGCUCAUUUAAUCCUUAGUCGGGCGACACGGCGGUCUAGUGGUUAACGCGCAGACCUCGCAGCUAGGAGACCAGGGUUCAAUUCCACCCUCGGCCAUCUCUGUGUGGAGUUUGCAUGUUCUCCCCGUGCAUGCGUGGGUUUUCUCCGGGUACUCCGGUUUCCUCCCACAUUCCAAAAACAUGCUAGGUUAAUUAGCCACUCCAAAUUGUCCAUAGGUAUGAAUGGAAUGUGAGUGUGAAUGGUUGUUUGUCUAUAUGUGCCCUGUGAUUGGCUGGCCACCAGUCCAGGGUGUACCCCGCCUCUCGCCCGAAGACAGCUGGGAUAGGCUCCAGCACCCCCGCGACCCUCGUGAGGAAAAAGCGGUAGAAUUUGAAUGAAUGAAUGAAUAAUCCUUCGGUGUCGGCCAUUUUGGAUCAUUUUGACUGAUCUUUCACGACACACGGAAUAUUGUUUUCCAUGGAUAUAUAAACACCUAGAUUAGACUCCCAUCUUUUAUCAACAAAAAUACUUUGUUUAUACCUUUUUUUUUUGUUCUUUAGUAGGUACGUUUCAGGAAAAUAUCAGUUCCCAACUAAAACCUGCUGCUUCACUUUUCACUUUGUCAUAAAUAUUUGUUGCUUUUUGUGACCGCUCCAGUAUCUAAACCAAAAAAAGUCAUCAGAAGAGAAGCAGGGAACACGAAUGAAGUGUCAAUAAUGCGUGUAGCGCCCCCUAUGGGUUGUGAUGAAAAUGUUUGUAUAUUAUUUUACAAGAAUAACAUUGUCAUAUUAUAAGGAGAAAACAAAACCCUAUUUUGGCAGCAUUAAGUGGAAAUAUUAAAGAAAAAAUAUGAUAUUUAUUGAAAUGGGUUCAUGAGGACAACAUUAAACAAAUAUAAAAUGUAAUUUUUUAAAGAAAAAAGUUCUAAUGUUCUGGAAAUUAUGACGUCAAUAUUACAAGAAGCACACUUACAAAGAUUAUUUAAGAAUAAAGUCGAAAUAUCCGACGCAAUAUCGCUCCCUCGCUAUAUCACGAUCGUCCCCAAAUGACUUCUUAAUUAAUGAUGACUAAUAAUAGACUAAUAAUAGACUAUGGUCUAUUAUUAUGGUCUAUUAUUAGUCAACACUAGGAAAUACCAGUCAUACACAAUGUCGUAUUCUGGUCGCUAGGUGGCAGCAGUGAGUAACAGUUGAGAAUGGCUGUUCUGUUUGACAAAUUCAUUUCUAACUGUGAUUCAAAAGCCCGCAAAAUUCAAGAUCCAGGUCCGUUAAAACAAAAGUAUGCUAAUCACACACACACACCGACAUUUAUCUUAGCGACGAGUCACUCCAUCAUUCUUGUUUACUUUGCUGCUAUGAAUGGUUUUGCAAUCCGCCCUCGCUAAUGACGUUUUUUUUUUUUAGAUUGGAAAUUCCAGACACACCUCGACCUUAAUUAGGCUCUUCUCAAGUAAAGGUGACGGCAUACGGCAGGAAUUUUGUUUCUUUUCUGACAUGACGUCAUAAAGUCCCGUUUGGAGGAAGAUUUUCCAGCAUGGAAAAUAUCUGAAUGAUUUUCAAUCAUUAGACGGUGUUUAGUUACGUUAAAAGAAAAACGUUAAGCACUAGGACCAUGGUGGAAACGGCCGCUCAAGUUUGCGGAAGCUUGUUUCCUUUGAGCCCGCCUACAAGCUCAUUGAUUGGCUCUUCGGGUUUUUCUUUUUUUUUUAUUGGCUGUCACUUCCCGGGUCCCUUUAUAUGUACCUGUGUUUGGCUAGUUUGGCUAGUUGGCUAGCAGUCCGUGUUCAUUUGCAGUCUAAGUUGCUAAAAUGUUUGUUUGAGCGUUUGUCGCGUUACUUAUUAUUAUAUUUUGUAUGUAGAUAUUUCAUUUAUAAUAACAUUUCUGUGCCUGUGUGUGUGUUUACGUAUGCUUCGUUUCAGUGACUUCAUAGGGGACGCUCAUAGAACAGUGGCGCCGCUGUGUGGUUAUAGUUGAAAUUGCAGCCUAGGCACACCCACUCUGAAUCACAAAGUGUGCUUGGAGGUGUGUUUAAGUGUUGUGCACAUGUGUAGCUGUAGUGUGUGUGUGUGUGUGUGUGAGACAUGUUGAUUCAGGAGUGGAGCAGGUAGCAGCAAGUAUUUCUAACAAUGGAUACACAGAAUGUAACAAUUCUAAGGGAAGGAUUCCUGGUAAAAAGGGGUCACCUGGUGCACAACUGGAAGGCCCGCUGGUUCGUGCUGACGCCAGACAAGCUGAUCUACUACAAGUACGAGGGCGGCAAAAGGGACUCGUGCCAGCGAGGAAAGAUCAUGAUGAAGGAUUGUGUCGUCACGUGUCCCUUCCUCGAGUACGACAAUCGACCGCUGGUGUUCAGGCUCCAGACAAGGAACGGCGUGGAUCACUUCCUGGAGGCGUGUUCCCGGGAGAAGCGCGACGAGUGGGCGGCCGACAUCACGGCGGCCGUGGACAAGCUGGGUGGGGAAGAAGGAAGCGGGCGGCGGACGCCCGACGUCUCUCAGCCGCACAACAUCAACCUGAGCAAAGUCCUGGAGUCCAUGUAUGACCUUCACAGCGGGAUUAACAUGACCAACCACGUGGAGCAAGGACGCACCUACAGCAACUGUUUCUCAGGCUCGGCGGUGGUGGACUGGCUGGUGUUCAUGCAGCUGGUUGUCACCCGAGCCGAGGCGGUGACGCUGGCGUCCGCCCUGCUGGAGGAGGGCUUCCUGAGGACCGUCGGCCUGAGGAGCGUGGAGGCCCUCCGCACCGCCGGCCCGGGCGAGCAGUUCACGGACGACUCCACGGCGCUCUACAGCUUCUCAGACACUUUGAAGAAGAGAGGCAGCGUGAAGGCCCAGACGUCGUUGUCCGCCGUGGAGCUGAGCGGUGACGUCAUCAAGAGAGGUUACCUGCUCAAGCAGGGACACAGGAGGAAAAACUGGAAGAUUCGACUCUUUGUGCUGCGAUCACCACCGUCUUUCCUUCACUACUACGACCCCGCCAAGGAUGACGUCAGCCCCGUCGGAGGAUUCGCACUCCGAGGCUCCCUGGUCUCCUCGCUGGAUGACAACGGCGUUCCCUCGGGAGUGAAAGGCAACGUUCAAGGUAACCUGUUCAAGGUCAUCACGCAGUCAGACAGGCACUACUUCAUCCAGGCUCCCAGCCACCAGGACAAGAUGGAGUGGAUCGACGCCAUCCGGGAGAACACAUAGGGGGGCCCGCUCCGGUAGCUACAUGUUCCACUCGCUUCCGUGUCCUUCUUUUUUCUGGGAUUUUCACAUGAAACGUAACAUUCCCUUGGCGUUGCGCUCUCGACUUGACGAGUCAGAACAUUGGCGAUCCUUCGUCAGACUUUUUCUUGCUUCACAGCCACAAGAACAAGCCAAGACACAUUUAGCUGCGAUAAACAAGUCAUAAAAAGCUUGUCAUUUUGUGAGGAAAACAUGGAAAAUUGUUUAGGAAUUUAGGAAAGCUAAUAAAAUCCUGCUUUUAUGUGAAUAAAUACAUGAGAUCAUGAGCUUCAUUUUAGGAGAUGGAUCAUUUUAUGGCAAUUAGGUCAGAAUAUUAUUACAAAAACACGUCAUGAGAUGAGAAUAAAGUCCAAAUAUUAUUACGCUUUAUGGGGAAUAUUAUGAAGGAAA